UGACAAUGGAGCCCCCCCUGAGGAAAGCCAGCUCCAGGCAGGAGCAGGACUUCGGGGUGCAGCCCAGGAGGGCAGCCGACCUGGCCCUGGGGCCCCUGCUCAGGGGCAGCAGCGGUGGCAAGAGCAGGAGAGCACCCCCUUUCAGCUGCGGGGACAAGCUCCGGCCCCCUCGGCAGCAGGAGAACCUGAGUUCCUGGAUCCCCGCGCACAUCAGCCGGAAGCAGUGUGUGUACUUCCUGGAGAGCCCCAAGCUGUCAGAUGCAGGGAAGGUGGUGUGCGCCUGUGGCCACACACGCCAGCAGCACGGGGACGAGGCCCGCGGGUCGCAGCCCUUCCCGGACAAGGAGUGGGACCCCAGGAGGCACGUUCAGGAGCGGCCCACGGAUGCCUUUGGGGACAUCGUGUUCAGGGGCCUGGGCCAGAAGGUGGGGAAGUACGUCCGCGUCUCCCAGGACACCCCACCCAGCGUCAUCUACCACCUCAUGACCGAGCACUGGGGCCUGGAGGUCCCCAACCUGCUCAUCUCCGUGACGGGGGGUGCCAAGGAUUUCAACAUGAAGCCCCGGCUGAAGAGCGUCUUCCGGAGGGGCCUGGUCAAGGUGGCCCAGACCACAGGUGCCUGGAUCAUCACCGGUGGCUCCCACACGGGCGUGAUGAAGCAGGUCGGUGAGGCUGUGCGGGACUCCAGCCUGGGCGGCCGUGGCAGCGAGGCAGGCGUGGUGACCAUUGGCGUGGCCACGUGGGGUACCAUCCACAACCGGGAGCAUCUGGUGCACCCCACGGGCGGCUUCCCCGCUGAGUACGUGGUGGAUGAGGAGGGCCAGGGCCAGCUGACGUGCCUGGACAGCAACCACUCACACUUCAUCCUCGUGGACGACGGCACACACGGCCGCUACGGUGUGGAGAUCCCGCUGCGGGCCCGGCUUGAAAAGUUCAUCUCGGAGCAGACCAAGGAGCAGGGCGGUGUGGCCAUCAAGAUCCCCAUCGUGUGCGUGGUCCUGGAGGGCGGGCCGGGCACUCUGCACACCAUCUACAGCGCCAUCACCAACGGCACCCCCUGCGUGGUGCUGGAGGGCUCAGGCCGCGUGGCCGACGUCAUCGCCCAGGUGGCCGGCCUGCCGGUGCCCGACAUCCGCGUGGGGCUGGUGCAGCAGAAGCUCUCGGUCCUCUUCCACGACACCUUCGACAGCUUCUCCGAGCUCAGGAUCGUCGAGUGGACCAAGAAGAUCCAGGACAUCGUGAGGCAGCGGCAGCUGUUGACCGUCUUCCGUCUGGGCAAGGACGGCCAGCAGGACGUGGACGUGGCCAUCCUGAAGGCCCUGCUCAAAGCCUCUCGGAGCCGUGACCAUUUUGGUCAUGAGACUUGGGGACACCAGCUCAAGCUGGCCGUGGCCUGGAGCCGCGUGGACAUCGCCCGCAGCGAGAUCUUCACGGACGAGAGCCACUGGAAGCCUUCAGAUCUGCACCCCAUGAUGACGGCCGCCCUCGUGUCCAACAAGCCUGAGUUCGUGAGGCUCUUCCUGGAGAACGGGGUGCAGCUGAAGGAGCUGGUGACCUGGGACGCGCUGCCCUGGCUCUACGGGAACCUGGAGCCCGGCGUAUUCCAGGCCAAGCUGCAGAAGGUGCUGGCAGAGGAGGCGGAUGCCCAGGACGUGCCCGACGCGCCCUUUGCCCCACGCCUGCGGAUGCACCACGUGGCUCAGGUGCUGCGGGAGCUGCUGGGGGACUUCACGCAGCCCCUGUACCCACGGCCCAGGCACAGCGACCGCCAGCGCCUGCUGCUCCCCGUGCCGCAUAUCCGGCUGAGCGUGCAAGGUCCCAGCCUCCGCUCCUUCUACAAGCGUUCCUCAGGGCCCAAUGCCUUCACUGUGGAUCCGGUCCGUGACCUGCUUAUUUGGGCUGUCGUCCAGAACCGCCGGGAGCUGGCUGAGAUCAUCUGGGCUCAGAGCCAGGACUGCAUUGCGGCGGCGCUGGCCUGCAGCAAGAUCCUCAAGGAACUGUCCAAGGAGGAGGGCGACACGGACAGCAUGGAGGGCAUGUUGGCGCUGGCCGACGAGUACGAGCAGAGAGCCAUCGGGGUCUUCACCGAGUGCUACCGCAAGGACGAGGAGCGGGCUCAGAAGCUGCUGACGCGCGUGUCUGAGGCCUGGGGGAGGACGACGUGCCUGCAGCUGGCCCUGGAGGCCAAAGCCAUGAAGUUCGUGUCUCACGGGGGCAUCCAGGCCUUCCUGACCAAGGUGUGGUGGGGCCAGCUGAGCGUGGACAACGGGCUGUGGAGGGUCGUCCUGGGCAUGCUGGCCUUCCCGCUGCUCUGCACCGGCCUGGUCUCCUUCAGGGACCGGCGGCUGCGGGGGCUGCGGCGCGUGCCGGCCUUCUUCACGGCGCCCGUGGUGGUGUUCCACCUGAACAUCCUGUCCUACUUCGCCUUCCUGUUCCUCUUCGCCUUCGUGCUGGUGGUGGACUUCCAGCCCGCGCCGUCGUGGAGCGAGCGGCUCAUCUACGUCUGGCUCUUCUCGCUGGUGUGCGAGGAGCUGCGCCAGCUCUUCUACGACCCCGACGGCUGCGGGCUGGCCAAGAUGGCCCGGCUCUACUUCAGCGACUUCUGGAACAAGCUGGACCUGGCGGCCAUCCUGCUCUUCGUCGCGGGGCUAGCCUGCAGGCUCACCCCGGGCCUGCUGUACCCCGGCCGGAUCAUCCUGGCCCUGGACUUCAUCAUGUUCUGCCUGCGGCUCAUGCACAUCUUCACCGUCAGCAAGACUCUGGGCCCCAAGAUCAUCAUCGUGAAGCGCAUGAUGAAGGACGUCUUCUUCUUCCUCUUCCUGCUGGCGGUGUGGGUGGUGUCCUUCGGCGUGGCCAAGCAGGCCAUCCUCAUCCACAACGAGCAGCGCGUGGACUGGAUCUUCCGGGGCGUCGUCUACCAGUCCUACCUCACCCUCUUCGGCCAGAUCCCCGCCUACAUCGACGGUGUGAACUUCGACCCCGACCACUGCAGCCCCAACGGCACCGACCCCUACAAGCCCAAGUGCCCCGAGAGCGACUCCACGCAGCAGGCUCCCGCGUUCCCCGAGUGGCUCACGGUGACCCUGCUCUGCCUCUACCUGCUCUUCACCAACAUCCUGCUGCUCAACCUGCUCAUCGCCAUGUUCAACUACACGUUCCAGCAGGUGCAGGAGCACACGGACCAGAUCUGGAAGUUCCAGCGGCACGACCUGAUCGAGGAAUACCACGGCCGCCCACCCGCCCCGCCGCCCCUCAUCCUCCUCAGCCACCUGCAGCUCUUCAUCAAGAGGGUGGUCCUCAAGAUCCCUGGCCGGCGGCACCGGCAGCUGAAGAACAGGCUGGAGAAAAACGAGGAGGCGGCACUGCUGUCGUGGGAGACGUGGCUGAAGGAGAGUCACCUGCAGGGCCAGCAGCUGCUACGUGCCCAGAGCACCGAGCAAAAGAUCCAGGACGUCAGCGACAAGGUGGACGCCAUGGUGCACCAGCUGGAGAUGGACCGUCUGAAGCGCUCGGUCUCCUCGGAGCAGAGACUGGCCCUCCUGGAGGAACAGGUGGCCGAGACAGCCAGAGCACUGCACUGCAUUGCGAAGACCCUGAACAGGGCUGGCCUGGGUGGGGAGGAGGAUGCCCCAUUGCUGGACCCCCCAAGUACCCCCGAAGGCCAGGACUCAGCGCUGGACAGCAGGCAAAAGGCAGAGGAUGCUGGUGCUGGCCCCCACCACAUGAAUGCCCGGCACCUACUGUACCCCAACUCCUCAGUCACUCGCUUCCCAGUGCCCGACGAGAAAGUGCCCUGGGAGGCCGAGUUUCUCAUCUAUGAUCCGCCCUUUCACUCUGCCCAGAGGGGGGACAAGGGCCUAGAGGAUCCUGUGGGAAGUACCCCAGAGCUGCGUGCAGGGAUAAGCUACAACACGGUGGAUGGGGCUGUGGACCGACGGAGCUUCCACGGGGCCUAUGAGGUGCAGGACGGGCUCCCACUGAACCCCAUGGGCCGAACAGGGCUGCAGGGCCGCGGGACCCUGCGCUUCUUCGGACCCAACCACACGCUGCAGCCUGUCAUCACGCGGUGGCGGCGGAACCAGGACGGAGGCAUCUGCAGACGCAGCAUUAAGAAGAUGCUGGAGGUGCUGGUGCUGAGACGCCCUGGGCUGGAGCUCUGGGCCCUGCCGGGGGGCUCCCGGGAUCCAGGCGUGAUGCUGCCGCGAAAGCUGAAGCAGGUGGUCGGCGCUGAGUGCUGGGCUGCCCUCGAGGCCCUGCUGGCCCAGGGCACGGAGCUGUACAAGGGCUACGUGGAUGAUCCCCGGAACACGGACAAUGCGUGGAUUGAGACGGUGGCCGUGAGCGUUCACUUCCCUGACCAGAACGACCCCUUGCUGCGGACGCUCGGCUUGCCCCGGAGCAGCGCCGUGGAGUGGCAGGUGCUGGACCGACGCCUCCCGCUCUACGCCGACCACAAGACACUGCUGCAGAAGGCUGCCUCGCUCUUCGGUGCCUAUUACUGAGCGGCCGACCCAGGACAGCCAGGGACAGCAACAGCGUGGAUCCCCGACGCCUCUUGGGCCUGAGACAGGGCUGCAGUGGGGAACCACACCCACUGCUUCCAGGCACUUUUGGGACCCAUCACCCACCCAGCCUUAGUUCGGGCCCCUGCCUGGCUGUUGGGCACCGUGGGACACCCCCACUGGCCAUCGCCUGCAGGGCUGGACUCCAUGAGGCAGGAAGUCCCAGGGAUGGGGUGAGGAGCCUGUGUGUCUGGGCCUGGGCUGCAGCAGAGGCGACUGUCUGCACCCUAGGCGGAUAGCCCGAGGCCCAGGUGAAUGCCCCAGUGUCCCUAAUAAAGAUUCAGAGGACCACA